GUUUAUUCUGAUUUUGCAUUAGUUUAGGGUUGAACUUGAAGUUUAGUGUUUUAUCAGCCCUACCCUGUGUCUGUCCUCGGUGCUCUGUUCAUGUCCCCGUGUUGUGUUGUAAAUCAGUCUGUGUGUUUCCUGCUUUACUUUGAAGGCUCGUGUUCUGGAUUUCCUGUUCUAUUCUGAAGGUCUGUGUCUGUUGUCAUUGUGUUCAGCUUGUGUCCUCCAGUCAUCGUGUGUAUUAGGAUCAGCUGUUCUCCCCUCCUGUGUGUCAUUACCCGAUUACCUUGUGUGUGUAUAUUUAGUGGGUGUCGGUCUGUGCUCGUUGUCGGCUCGUCUGUGUAUCUCUGUGUAGUCUGCGUUCGUCUGUAUAUCUCUGCGUUAAUCUGCGUUCCAUGGUGCUUCGUUCCUGUCUGUGUCUCUCUGCCCCGCAGCCCUUUUGUAUGGUCUCAGGUUUGUUAUUUAGUUUUUCCCAGUUUAGGUUUCCGUUAGUAUUUGCCAUGCCUCACUGCCUGUUUGCCACCCUGCCACUUUGUAAAUAAACGUCACACUCUUCAUCAGUCGGCUGUCUGCAUUUUGGGUCCUCCUUUCACUCCUCAACACGACUGCUGCCCCAGCCGUGACAGGGUUUGGAAAAACCGAGCAAGUCCUUGCACUGGUGGAGUGGUGCAUUGAUAACAACUUGGAACAGAAUGUCAACUAAACCAAAGAGAUCAUCGUUGAAGCCAGCAUAGCUACACACUACAUGUUAUCAACAACACCACAGUGGAGGUUGUCAUACAGAUAAUACACAUCCUGUCCUUGUCACAGCAGCGUCUGCUCUUUUUGUGCUGAGAGAGAAGAAAUGACCUACCCUGUGCAUAUCUGUGAUGUCAGGACGGUUAACUGGAAGUCCCUGCAGCGCGUGGUGACGACAGUGAUGAUCAUUGGGUCUUCUCUUUCCACAGGAUCUGCAGCAGAUCACUAAACAUGCCCCCAAACCACCAGCACUACAAAUGACUGGACUGCUCCAUGUAGUCAAAACGAAGCUUUACAACAGAGAAAUCUAACGUGCAAUAGUUAUUCUUAUACUUCUAUGUAUAUGUGCAUUCAUUUUCUUCUGCUUAUCCAAUUAAGGGUCACAAGGAGGCUGGAGCCUGUCUUAGCGUACACCCUCACCAGUCUGUCACAGGGCUAACACAAAGAAACAGGCAACCAUUUACACUCAUAUUCAAACUUACAGCCAACUGAGACUCUCCGAUUAGCCCACAUGUAACCUCAACGAGUUGUAAGCGGUGCUGUUGGCUGAGCUCUGGAGCGCCUCCAGUGUCACUGCUGUGUCUCUGAAUGGCAGCGCCGGCCCUCUUUUCACUCUGACUGAGUUUGUUUCCUGUGCAGCCGUCAGUCGCUCUGCACCAUCAACAACAUGGCCAUACGCAGAAAAGACAGCUUCCUCUGGGGAAAAGCACCAAUCAAACUCCCACCAGAAGCGAGGAGGCAGGGUGAGGCGCAUGAGUUUGAGCUGCUGGAUGACAUUCAGAAACUCAGAUUGGAGAUCAAUCACGUCAUGCCUGAAAUCCACAGCCCUGAACUGAAGGAGCAGAAUAAAAAUGUUGCGAGGAACAGGAAAUUCCUACGUGGGAAAAAGAAAUUUAACAUGGACUCCAAAAAAGGUGUCCAGUACCUGGUUGAAAAUGGCCUUCUUGAAUGGCAGGCAGAGUCUGUGGCAGAGUUUCUUUACAAAGAGGAGGGGCUCAAUAAGACCGCCAUAGGAAACUUCUUGGGAGAAAGGGAGGAAAUGCACCUGAAGAUACUGAAAGCGUUUGUUGGUCUGCAUGAGUUCUCAGACCUGAAUCUGGUGCAAGCACUGAGGCAGUUUCUGUGGAGCUUUCGUCUCCCAGGAGAAGCUCAAAAGAUUGACAGGAUGAUGGAGGCGUUUGCAGCUCGCUACUGUGGCUGUAACCCCGGGGUCUUCCAAUCCACAGACACCUGCUACAUCCUCUCUUUCGCCAUCAUCAUGCUCAACACGAGUCUCCACAACCCCAACGUGAAAGACAAACCCACUCUGCAGCGAUUUGUUUCCAUGAACAGAGGCAUCAACAACGGCGAGGACCUGCCCACUGAGCUGCUCACGAAACUGUACACAAGCAUCCGUAGUGAGCCGUUCAAAAUCCCAGAGGAUGAUGGGAAUGACCUCACACUGACGUUUUUUAAUCCAGACCGCGAGGGUUGGCUCCUUAAAAUAGGUGGUCGAGUUAAAACCUGGAAGAGAAGGUGGUUCAUUUUGACAGACAGCUGCUUGUACUACUUUGAAUACACAACAGAUAAAGAUCCAAUUGGGAUUAUUCCUCUGGAGAACCUGUGUGUCAGGGCACUACAAGACUCAAGCAAACCGUUCUGCCUGGAGUUAUAUAAUCCUAAAGGACAAAAGAUCAAGGCCUGCAAGACGGAGAACAAAGGCAGAGUGGUCCAGGGUAAACACCAGUCGUAUAAGCUCAGUGCAGCCAGCGCAGAGGAACGGGACGACUGGAUAGAUGCAAUCAGGGCGAGCAUCACCAAGGACCCUUUCUAUGACUUGGUGACACUACGCAAAAGAAAGAUCAUCAGCAACACUUCCUCAAAGGACUGACACAGCACCAUCAGUGGAUCAUGGAUGAGUUUGACUGAUGACUCAUGUUUCAUUUUAAUGACUGCUCACGAAAGAUAAAACCAAAGCGUCAUUGCUCUGUAUUUCAAAGAACUGCGCAAAUUGGGAUGUGAUACUUGUAGUGUAAAAAUGAGAAAAGUGAACCGUGGUUUUCACAUUACUUCUGCAAAAUGAAUGCACUGCUGCUCCGACUUCAGGGGCGACAAGUCUGACGGACAAACAUCUGCUGGAAAGCUAUAACAAUCAUGAAAGUCUAACCCAGAAGACAUACAAUGACCACAAAAAGACUCAAACAGCUCCAGAGAGCCAUAAAACAACUACAAAGAGACAGAAAGUGACCUCAAAGAGACAUAACAAAGACACACAAGGAAACUUCAGGGGCAUAAAAUGACUUUAGACACAGAAAUGACCACAAAGAUUAAACAGCUUCACAAAAAAAAAACCACACACACAGAUAGACUUUAGCAAGACAUAAAAUGACUAGAAAGAGACACAAAACAACUGCAAAGAGACAGAAAACAACUUCAAAAAGAAACAAAAUGUUUUUGAAGUGAAACAUAUUGACUUCACUGAGACACAAAAUGCCAACAAAGUAUCAAAAAAUAAAUUGAUACACGCCUUUUAGACAUGCACACUUUUCUGUUAAUAUGAAAGCAUCUGAACCUGUCAGCUUAUUGAAUAAAUGUUCACUGUGGUCACUUUGUUGUAAAAGCUGAGAUGGCAUUUGCUCGGUCAGACCUGGUAUCAUUUAGGUAACAGAGUCAAUGCAUGCAUGAAUAAGGUUGGAAUUACAUGUGCCUUUACUUCAUCUUCAGUUCCUUUUUAAAAAGAUUUACAAAAGACCAAAGUCUGGCACCUUUUCACAUCUGAUGUCAGUGUCAUAAACCAGCAUUUGCAGAGACUGGAAGUCUUGUAGGGUCACUGUUUGGAAGACUACAGCUAGAUUCCCAAAUUGGAUACCUAGAGAAAAACAGGUAGUUGUCAAAUCUCAGCACAGAAACUUCAUGAGUUUGGUUUAGGACCACAGCUGAAUCUACUGAUGAAGUGAAUUCAGAGAUUGAAUUUGAGAUUGACAACUCAAUUUCUUUUGAAAGUAUCUCCCAUCAUGGUGUCCUUGUCCGUGCAGCCACUGGCUGAGAUAACAGAGAGAGCACAAGUAUUGGUUUUCUAUAAUGUUUGCAUGAUUGAACUUCAAUACUUGCAGGAGGAAAAAAAACUUUUAUUGGAAUAUAAGACAACAGAAAGAUCGACUUAACACAGGUCUGACUGAGUUUUAUGACCACCUAACAUCAAAGGACUGAGAUGACAGAAGAACGCCACAACUUUUGAAAACUGUCAGAAUUUAAUUUAGACUUUAGACAUUUGUGUGCAGCCAGAAAUGAUUAUAAAAGUAAAAUAUCAUUUUUAUUGUACACUGGAAAAAAUCGGAAGACAUAUUCAGGAUCAGCACAGGUCUAUAAACACUGUAGAGAGCAUUUCUUGAUUCAUUGGUUCCACAGUUUAACUUGGAUUAAACCCGAUGAAUCCAAGGUCCACUACUGACGAUGUGUCCCAAAUUUUAAAAUGAUAAGCUAGAUCAGAUCUCUAAUCCCUAAACCUAAUCAAGGAAGGAAAAUGGCAGAUUAGCCUGGGUAAAAGACCAAAAGUUGAGGUGCACAACCAUGUGUGCUGCUGGGAAAGUUUCUGGGCUGCCUUUCCUCAUAACAGCCAUCCAUCACGAGUCUCUCCAUCUGAAGCAAUGCAUUAUCAGGGACUGUAACAUCUAGUCCUUUUUACUGAAUCAGAUUAAAUCUAGAAAGGUUUCCAAUGAAAACAGCAUUGUUGACAGUCCAAACUAAUGAGACUCAAGGUCAAGGUAUGACACAGUUAUCGGGAUCUGAAUUAGGUUUGUGGCUUGCAGCUAUUUAUAGAAGUCUUUCUUUUGCAUUAAUUACAAAUCUGCAGCAUCAGACAGCAGCAGGAUUCGUCUGUGAGCAUCUAAAACGAGAGAAUAAAUGCAACCCAGAUAAAAAUGGAAGAAUGCUGUCAUUUUAACAGAAUAAUGCAAACUGAAAAGGAAAAAGAACCUUUUUUGUGAACCUAAAGAAAUUUUACAAAAAUUAACCACAGAAAUGAAGCAAAAACACAAAUACAAUGGCACAGAUGUUUGUGUAUGUGUACUUGUAAACUCUUAGUCUCCCUGUGGCUGCAGACUAUUUGAAGUUACAUAUAUUUAUUUGUUCAUAUUAGAAUAUUUAAAGUAGAUGAUUUUACAGACCAAUGUAGCAAAUAAAAUGUACAGGUUAUUGUAAAUGUGUAUCAAAAGGUUAAAAAGCACUCGUACUUGUUUCUUGACCCUGAUGUGCUAUAGUCACACUUUAGCUUGUGUAAAAAUGCAUUUAGCACUUUUGUAAACCUGUUCCAGCUGUUUUGUAAAUGAAAAUAUGAUUUUUUUUUUGUUAUUGUAUAUUCAAAUGAAUUUUAAGUUAUAAAUCUUUGUAUAGCAUGUUUUUAGAUCAUUUUUUGUAUAAUUUAAUGACUUUAUACUUGUGUGGUAA